GUCUGUACACAAGUUAUGUUAGAACUGUAGUCGGUUUCAACGUGCUGGACUACUGAGUGGAAUAUAUAUAUAUACACUGAGUAUUUUUGUCGAAAAACCGAAGCCUAACCACGGCUAGAUCCCACGGAGUUACGAUGCCUCAGCAGCCCAGCGAUGGCGGGGACGAUCUGGGGGCAAACGACGAAAUUAUUCCGUUCAAAGACGAAGGGGAACAGGAAGAAAAGUCGAGCGAGAGCGUGUCGGAUUCGACAGACCUCAACGAUAUCAAAUCAAGUCUAGUGAACGAAGGAGAAAGUUCACAGUCAAACUCUGCCUCGGAGGGUAACAAGCAGCUCGUCGCGGGUCAAAACUAUGGAGGCUCGUCGAAAGACCGGGGUUCGAAGAAAGUUCCCCCAGCAGUUGAAGGAAGCAAGACUGAUACAGCGACAAAGACCCCGGGCUUUGGAUCUAUACCUAUACUUCAUGGCGAUCUGCACGUCCCCUACCCCCCAAAUGGUUCCAUGGUCCCCUCCAGUAUGAAGAGGUUCAUUGAUAUUGCUGCUAACUUUCUGAGGCCAGCUGACUACCUGGACCAUCUCGAAGAUCAGGUUCAGACAAACAAGGUUUCUGUGGUUCACCCGGCAGGACACCCAAAUCCUUUAGCCCAACUAACGUUAAUGUACAACAAUGACCAUUUUCCACCCGGUACCACUCCACCACCUCAUCUGGCACCACCUGGUUCACCGUUAGAGCUGGACCCUAAAACAGGUAUGCCAAGACCAAGGCAUCCAGGUGAAAUGCCGCCAAUUUAUCCACCGUUACCUGGACAAAUGGGCCAAAUACACCACCCGAUGGAAGUUUACACACAAGUGCAAUGGAGAAAUUAUUGGGAUGCAAAACGAUUUCAGCAACCAGGUCAGCCAGUGUAUCCCAUGACAACUGCAGCAUUCCGUGGUGCUUAUCCAGCAGCCCUUACUGUCAAUACGGCAAAUAUGACAAGGUUUGGUCAUUCAGCAAUUCCACAUCAUCCCGGUAUGACCAUCACGGGAAUACCUCAUUCGGCUAUCGUUACGACUCCAGGUGCAAAACAAGAUUUACAGCAACAAAACAAUGACAGAGAGGUUCCAACUAUCUGUUUAAUAUCACCCUACAGACAAAAAUCUGAGAAGCAAAAACCACAAAAAACCCCUCAUAUCAAGAAACCUUUAAAUGCAUUUAUGCUCUAUAUGAAGGAAAUGAGAGCCAAAGUUGUCGCCGAAUGCACGCUGAAGGAAAGUGCGGCUAUUAAUCAAAUAUUAGGAAGGCGGUGGCAUGCAUUAACUCGAGAAGAACAGGCAAAAUAUUAUGAAUUGGCCAGAAAAGAAAGGCAGCUUCAUAUGCAGCUUUACCCAGGGUGGAGUGCCAGAGAUAACUACGCUGUUCAUGGCAAGAAAAAAAAGAGGAAACGAGAUAAAUCUCAGGGUGACAAUUCAGAAGCAUCAAAUCCAAAGAAGUGUCGAGCUAGAUUUGGCUUAGAUCAACAACACCACUGGUGCAAACCAUGCAGGAGGAAGAAAAAAAUGCAUUAGGUAUGUCUCUGGUAAUGAAACUUCUGAAAACAUGGAUGAAGACCAGUGUUCACCAUCUCCAUCAAUGUCCUCGUUAACACGCGAUGAUGAUAAGUCACCGCUAAGCGAUUGCAAUCCACCGUCGCCGCAAGAUAUUGAGAUGCCUAUGGUGUCCCAUGCAAAAACGUCAGAAAUUACAACGACACAAAAUUUAUCUCCUUCAAAUCAAAGUACUAUUUCUACAGCUUCACAGACCUUACCGCAGGACCUAUCGACAACAAGUAGGGCUGAAGUUCGCCCAACGACGUAGUACAUUGUGCUUCGCAAAAUUGUAUUUCUGUGUUUACCGACUCUUUUAUGCUAAACUGUUAAAGCAUUACAGAACUCAAAAUGAGGCAUCAAGAGACAUGCAAAUCAUUAUGCUAAUGUGCUAACUUCAACCUUACCAAAUAAGGAAACUAUUAGCUGCAAGAUGGUGACCUGUGACAUGACCUUUCAACUUCACAGACCCGAAGCGGGUAUUUUUGACAGAUUAUACUAUAAUUAGAUUUUUGGGGUUCAAACAAUGGUUGUGUCCGGACAGCUGGAAAGCAAAUGAUUCAUUUGGAUAAAUAUACAACAAUUAUUCCUGUGGUAUUUUGUUGAAAUUUAUUUUUAUUUUUAAAAGAAAAGAAGAAAAUUCAUAUAUAGUUAAUAAGUUGUAUAUUUUGCUAAUGCCACCAAAAAAAUUAUUCUGUUUCUUAAGAUAAUUUGAUUUUGUCACUAUUAUGAACUUUUUGCAAUGUGAAAAAAAAAACUUAUUUUUUCAUGCCCGUUUUAAUCAACAUACACUGCAGGGGUGAGGCAUACAUGGGCAUAAUGUGUGUCCUCAUUGUCUGCGUCGACAACUUUUAUUGGUUAUGCUGUAUACACAAUUAUAGGCAUACCAACAGUUUUAUGUCUUAUCUGAAUAGUCAAGUGCAAUGAUCUAAUCUGGUACUUUUCCGUAAUCAGCAGGGAGGGAAUAAAAAGACUAAUUGAAAAUUUUGAGCAGAAAAAAAAAGAGAAACAGAAUAUUUUUAUAAGUGGCCAAAAAUCCUAGAAAUGUAUUUUUUUUUUGUUAUCUAGAUUUAGUUUGGGGAACAGGUUGAAUAAUCACAACUACCAAGCAAUUUUAUGCAGCAUCUUCAAAUAGUUACUUCCAUGUGGGUGAUUUUUUCAGACAAUCUCUACCCGUUAUGUGUAAUUAUGUUACGAAUAUUCAUUUAAAAAUACCAUAUAUGGGUGUAUAUUUGAAUAUUUAUUAGGCUCUUUCUAAAUAUGGUCUGGACAUUAGGCGGGGAGCACUUGUUAUGAAUAUUCAUUUAAAAUACCUUAUAUGGGUGUAUAUUCAAAUAUUUAUUAGGCUCGUUCUAAAUAUGGUCAAAAGGGACUUGUGUGUAGGACACAAGGGGUCUUGUUUUUUGUAUAUUCACUGGAUUUUCUAGAUUGAUAACUUAAAAGCAACAAUGACCUUGAAACAUUCUGUAAAAGCUGCAUAAUCUGAAAGUACUCUCAUCAGCUGAUAUCCUAGUUCAGCAUUUGUACACUAUUUGAUUCAUAAAUGCAAUAUAGUAUCUUUUAAAUAUUUGUGUGUCCAAGAAAUGUAAAGUACGUCCUAUCCUAUCCCUCAACCAUGCAUGCACGCAACCAACGCUAAGAUUAUUCAUAUUCUAAUUGGUUCCCAUACUGCAUGUUUUCGUGGUCUAUUUUUGAGGUAAAAACUAACUUGGCAAGUCUGGUGAAUUAAAAAUCAAUAUAACUGAAAAUGAGAACUUCUGUGACAGUGUUGGUACGUGGAAGAAACUGCGAGAGAACAAAGUGCUAAACAGUCACAGUUGCCAUAGUGAUGGUUUGUAAAUACUGUUUAUAAAAGUUUAUAUAAAAAGAAAUUUAUUCUCCCAAGCUUCCCAUGCUUGAAGUAUAUUAUCAUUGGAAUGCUAAACUAACAAAAGUGAACAGCGCCCUCUUGAGUUGUAGCAAACUGACAUUGGCCCUCUAUGGGUGGUUAAAGAAAUCUACCUCGGUGUGAGUUUCUAAUGAGAUUGUAUAAUUUAUUGUGAUUGGAAACGAAGUUGUGCCCUUGGAUCGCCACUAAAAGCGAUAACAUCUGGACUGUAAAUACUCACGUCACACUGUUUAAAGGGCCCUUGUAUGGUUAUGAUAGAAAUAUACAUUUCUUAAAGAUGCAAAUUUUGUCAGCUCGUCUGGCAUUGAUUAUACUUGUGAUAUGAUAAAGUAUAUUUCAAUGUUGUCCACACAAAGCAGAGUUGCCAUAGAUAUGGGGAUACUGAUCGAGGUUACUAUGGCAGCAAUAUGGGGAUAACUCUUUGUCUUUGAAUUUGGUUGUCUUGUUCAUGGGAAAAUUGCUAACAUAAUUUAAUAUUUCAAUUUUAAAAGCAGUACAGUUCCCUAAAUCUGGAUUCAAUGUGUCUAUUUUGUGCCCCCCCCUAUUUUUUUCGGAAUCUGAUGGUUUGUCAAAAACUAAGCGUAGAAAUAUUGAUUUCAUUUUACUCUCUGCCCUAGAUAUUUUAAAAUGAUCUUUCAUGGCAAUUGGAACAAACCAUUUUUAGUUGGGGGUACUUGCAUGUCAACAAAAAUUAUUUUUUUUUUUUUUUUUUGGCCUGAUCCAGUUGGUCUUCAUGUAACUCUUGUGGUCAUACCAUAUAAUUCAAGGGGGGUGUUUGCCCAUAAAUCAUGGACAACAAUUAAUCAGUUGCGGCUGAAAGAAAGACUAAAACUCUUUCGAUAUAUACGAAAGUGUCAAUCAAAAAAUAUCUGAUCACAAUGCAAGGUUUUUUCUAUGUGUAUAGUAAAACAUUUUCUAAACUCUUGUUCUUUUAUGGAGAUAUACAAAGCAUUUUUAUCCCGGCGAGCUUCUUCUUUUUUUUUACAGGUUGUUAUUUUUCACUGUGUGUACCAGACUAAUUUAGGUGUUGCUAGUUUUUAAAUAUGACAUUUUUUUAGCAAUGACUACUUUUAAGUUUUAGAUUUUCAGCCAAUCAUUGUACAUAGUCUGAUGUCUCCGAUGGAGAUGUUUGCCCAAAAAAUGAAGUAAAGUAAUGAUAACAUCCCUAUUAA